AGGAGGAAAUCAGUUGUUUUUUCGUCACAAUCUGGUUUUCGGAUUUCAGAAGCAAAUUUCACGGUUACCGUGUUUUGUUCGUGUUGUAUUGUGCUUUGUCUACGGUUUGUGUGCGUGAAAUCAAGGUGGCAAAGUGUUUACUACAGCGCCGAAAUCGAACCAACAUCCGAAAAAGAGAAAAAAGUAGUACAGAACCAGAACAAUCGCUUUCUCCAUCAUUACAACACCAGAAACGUCGUCGUUGGUGACUCAUGUGCGGUGUAUCGUGAAUACAUAAUUUCCGUGUGGUUAUUUUGUUAAAAUCCUAUCCACCGAUACUUGGCACUUUGAGACAAAGAACGCCCCCGUUGCUGCGAAAUUGUUGGCAAUAGUGCGGAAGUUCGGAACAGUCGAGAUCCGCGAAAGCUGUACAGCGUCGGAACACAAAGAUGAGUUACGCUUCGUUCGACAACAACGCCACCACCGGGCAUUCAAACAUUACCAAUGAGGCAGACUUCCAAAGGACGGCCCAAAUCGUUGUGGCCAGCAUUCAAAAGAUCCUUCAAAAUGUUUCCUCUAUGCAACGCAAGGUCAACCAGUUCGGAACGGCACAGGAUUCACCGGAGCUUAAACAACAGCUCCACCAAAUCCUAUCCUACACACAGCAACUGAUAACGGAUACCACCAAUCAGUUGAACGAUUUGGCUAACUGCAAAGAGCGACACCUUAAGAUCCAGUGCGAUCGGCUCGUGGACGAGUUUACGGCUGCCCUAAACGCAUUUCAGGCCGUGCAGCGCAAAACGGUUGAUCUGGAGAAGAAUGCUAUCCGUCAGGCACGCCAGGCGGGGGGCGCGAUGCUCCACAAACCGCCGACCAGCUCGCAACACUCGGGCUUCAGCAGUAACAACACAUCGGCCAGCAAUACCAACAGUUCCAUGUUCGAGGACAACUUUAUCACCGGUUCGCGUGGUCAAACUCAGCAGCAGCUUCAGGAGGAGAUCGAUUUGCAAGCUCUGGAAGAUCAAGAGCGGACCAUCCGGGAGCUGGAGGAGAACAUCGUGAGCGUGAAUGAAAUCUACAAGAAACUCGGUGCCCUGGUGUACGAACAGAGCCAUCAGGUGGAUUCGAUCGAGGCGUCGGUCGAGCAGACGAGUGUCUUCGUGUCGGAAGGUGUGCAGCAGCUAAAACAGGCCAGCCACUAUCAGAAUAAAGCCCGCAAGAAGAAGUUUAUUCUUGCGCUGAUAGCGGCCGCCAUCCUGGGGAUCAUAAUACUCAUCAUCAUACUGAAGCACUGAAGCUGUGAGGAACCGAAGUGAACCCGGAAGAAAUCAAAACCCAAAAAGAAACCCAUCAUCGGCAUGAUGGGACAGCAUAUUUAUAUUUUUCCCCCGCGAAGUAAGUUUAACAGUUGGGCGCGUCACAGCAACAUUCCAGGGUAGCAAAUCAAAGCUGAUCAUUCCUUCCUCUCACUCAUGUACUCGUGACUCGAGUACACGCAAAUUUUAAUCGUUUACUCCUCGAACAUUGUUAGGUGAGGCGCGCAAUUUUGCAAUAAUAGAUGGAUGUUGUACUAAAAAUUCCUCAAUGGAACCUGGUGCUGUCAGUGCGGCAAUCCAAGCAGUCCGCUUUGCGUGGCGGCGAAGCUGAAGUUGGGCAACUCUUUUGUGUAGUUAGAAGUUGAUUAGCUUUUGUUUGUCUGUAUUUCCAAUUAGUUCGUAUUUAUUUGUCUCUCGAAGCCCGUCCUGCGGUCGUAGCAACCUGUUUAACUAGCAAACUUUACUCUCCCCACUCACAUCACGCAUUGAGCACCGUGCACGAGUGAAAGUUGAGUCCGAGUCUCCUUGGAGGAACCAUGGUACGGUACGGAGGAUGGUCGCGCAGGUGGAAAGCAAAGAUAUUAUAUUUUAACAAUAAACCCAUCAUCCACUGGAAUGGAGGCAGAAAGGUCAUCCGGAUGUGCUUGCUGGUAUGAAAGUCGUCGCCUGAUGCAGAGAUCAAAGAACGAAGUGGACGAACCGAGCGCGAACGGCGUACAUUUCGUCUGUGAUACGGAGAUAAUACGGUACAGAUAGAAAAAGAAAGUAGAAAUUUUAUGCAAACCACCACGGAUGGGCAAUCUUAUAGAAUGAGUUAUUUUCUAGCACUGUUUAGUUUGAUCGCCGCAUGAUAACACAACCAAUAAAUAUAUAAGAAGGCAAAACUAUAGGAAAACAAAAUGUUUAAACAUUGAACAUACCGUUUACUUACACAUCUGUACAGCUGCUAAAGCAAAUUACAAUAAAUUGUUC